GGUUAGCUUCGUCCAUUCAUAAAUCAUAAUAAUAUCAUCACUCCAAUUUGAAGGUUACAUCUUCGCACGUUCAAUUCAACCCUUUCUGAUCCCUCUUCUCACAUUUAACGGAUUUGGUGUUAUUUGGAAUCUGGGAAAAUGGGUUUGAUUUCUGGGAUGUUUCUUGGGAUGGUAUUCGGCAUAGCAUUGAUGGCAGGGUGGCAUCGCAUGAUGAGAUACCGAAGCGCCAAAAGGACUGCAAAGGCAGUUGAUGUUAAACUCCUUGGAUCCCUAAACAGAGAUGAUGUGAAGAGACUUUGUGGUGAUAACUUUCCUGAAUGGAUAUCUUUUCCUGUAUAUGAGCAGGUGAAAUGGCUAAACAAGCAGUUGUCUAAACUUUGGCCAUUUGUCGCAGAUGCAGCAUCAAUGGUCAUAAGAGAAUCUGUUGAACCAAUAUUGGAACAGUAUAGACCGCCGGGUAUUAGUUCAUUGAAGUUCAGUAAAUUGUCCCUUGGAAGUGUCGCUCCAAAGAUUGAAGGUAUUCGUGUUCAGCGUCUCAAGAAAGGCCAAAUAACAAUGGACAUCGAUUUCCGUUGGGGUGGUGAUCCCAAUAUUGUUUUGGCUGUUGAUGCAACAAUUGCGUCCAUCCCUAUUCAGUUGAAGGAUCUCCAAGUUUUCACCGUUAUCCGGGUCAUAUUCCAACUUUGUGAAGACAUGCCAUGCAUUUCUGCUGUUGUUGUUGCUCUACUUGCUGAGCCGAAGCCUAGAAUUGAUUACAUUCUGAAGGCUGUUCGUGGAAGUUUGACAGCACUGCCUGGAGUUUCAGAUAUGAUUGAUGAUACUGUGAACUCAAUUGUUACUGAUAUGCUACAAUGGCCUCAUAGGAUUGUUGUUCCACUUGGCGGUGUACCUGUUGAUACAAGUGAACUGGAGCUUAAACCCUGUGGAAGGGUUACAGUAACGGUGGUUCAAGCAAAUGAUUUAAAGAACAUGGAAAUGAUUGGGAAAUCUGAUCCUUAUGUAGCUCUGCAUAUUCGACCAAUAUUUAAGGUUAAAACCAAGGUUGUUGAUAACAACCUGAAUCCUGUUUGGGAUGAGAAAUUUGACCUGAUUGCAGAAGACCUGGAGACUCAGUCCAUCAUUUUUGAGGUUUUCGAUGAAGACAUUGGGCAAGAUAAGCGAUUAGGAGUAGCCAAAUUUCCACUUAGUGAAUUGGAGGAAGAAACUGAAAAGGAGCAGGAGUUGAGGUUGCUAGCGUCACUUGAUACGAAGGUUAAAGACAAGAAGGAUCGAGGAACCUUGACAGUAAAGGUCUUUUAUCAUCAUUUUAACAAGGAAGAGCAAUUGGCUGCAUUAGAAGAAGAGAAAAAGGCAAUAGAAGAAAUGCAGAAACGUAGAGAUGAGGGAGUUGUAGGGACUACAAAGCAGACAUUAGAUAGAGCAGCAUCAGUAGCUGGAACCGGUGUUGGAAUGGUUGGUAGUGGCGUCGCCACUGGCGUUGGAGUUGUCGGCAGUGGCGUCAGUGCUGGAGCAGGGCUUGUCGGCAUUGGAGGUGGCAGUGGAUCCGGACAAGGCAGCGGUGCUAGUCCCGGCAGCAGCGGCUCUGGCAUUGCUGGUGGUUUCAUUGGCAAUGUUGGUAGUGGACUAAGCAAGGCAGGAAAGUUUGUAGGCAGAACAUUUGCAGGGCCAAGUGGAAGAAAAAGUGGUUCAACUACGCCUAUCAGCAAUUAUGAGGAGAGUGGGGGUGGUGCAAAGCCUAGGCCUGUGUGAUUCUUGCAUGGACACUUCAUGAGUAAUGAAAUUCAUCUUGGAACUCUAGUAGAGCUUUGACAAUAGAUAGAUUUACUUACAUUGCUUGUUCUUUUUCAUAUAUACAUAUACAAUCUGAAUGGAAAUAUAUAUAGUUUGGUAACAGAUAGCAAAAAUGUUCAUUUAGUCUGUAUUUUUUGUAUGAUCUUUCUCUGUAUUUUUUGUUUAGCAUGAAUUUGUAAUAAAAUUUAACAAUUUGUAAAAAAAAUUCCACUUAUUU